GGUGUACGUACACGAUUUACCGAAUCAUAUUUUUUACAUAACUGUUAAACACAAGGCGUUUACUUUGAAGCCUCUUGUAUGUUAUUUCCGGCAGUGGUACUGAUGUCAACAGCUGCUUUGACAGACUGGAGGUGAAGUUACCACAACAAGAACAUUUAAAACAGUGUCGGCGAGGACACGCGACAUGGAUACACACUAGUUUAUAGUCCUCUUUUAUUCGGCAAACACGCUUUUAUUGGUUGGAACGAGCGCUAACCUCGCUGAUGUGUUAUCGGCGGACGAUGCAGUCUCUGCCAUGACCUUCACCAUGCACCCAUCACCACUCAACACUAGGGAGAUGCUUUUGUAGUCUUUUACCCACCGCCCCCUCCAGCUCACCGUCCUCCUCCUCCUGGGACUGAUGACUGGACCCAACUCCCCGAACCGGACCGGCACCACACCGGCCAAGCUGAGCAGGCAGGGCCGCUCCAAGAGCACCAGCGCUCACUGCCUGCUCCGCCACAGCGCCCAGGAGGAGUCGAGUGCCUCCAGCCCCAACAACGGCUCCCACUCGCCCGCCGAGGAAGAAGAGAAGGAUGGAGGGGUUCUUUUCUAUGUCAACCGCGGUGGGUUCCCUAUUGAGGGUGGCACCUGGGAGAGGAUGUGGACCCAUGUGGCCGCGGUGCACCCGGAGGGUCAGGAGAUGGUGGACAGGAUACGCAACGCUGCAUAUCUGCCCAAGCAUCACAUCCCCGCGCUCCCCAACUUCAAGCCGUCCAUGUCGGUGCCCGACUGGUUGGUGGUGGUCCAGAACUUCAUGAAGGCUCUGCAAUACAACCACACGGGCACACAGUUCUUUGAGAUCAAGAAGAACCGUCCACUGUGCGGCUUGAUGGAGACAGCACGAGAGAUGGUCAGGGAGUCUCUGCCAAUCAAAUGUCUGGAGGCCGUCAUCUUGGGAAUCUACCUGACCAACGGCCUGACGUCCCUGGAGAGGUUCCCCAUUAGCUUCAAGACUCAGUUCUCGGGCCACUGCUUCCACCACGUGGUGCUGGGCGUCUACUCCAACGGCCGCUACGGCUCCCUGGGCAUGAGCCGCCGGCCGGACCUCAUGGACAAGCCGCUCAGCCACCGGACCCUCGGAGAGCUGGUGGCCGAGUUCGAGAGCUCCUACAAGCGAUACCAGCACAGCCUCAAGAAGGUGAAGAUCGGCCUGUACGUGCCUCACGACCCCCACGUGUGCCAGUCCAUCGAGUGGAAGUAUUUGGUGCUCAACGCGGCCAAACUGGGCCCUCAGGAGAUGAAGAAGGAGCUGGAGAAACACGGGCGCGACAUGCGGAUGAAGAUCCUCAAGUCCUCCAGCGCUCAGUCUCCAAUCAAGGAGCGGAGCCGUGGGAAGUCUCUGUCGCCACGCCGCCGCCAGGGCAGCCCGCAGCAUCGCCCGGCGCAUCGCAGAGACAAAUCGCCAGCGUCGGUGGAGAAGAAACCUCCGGAACUCAGCACACUCGCCGACGGCUACCAGAUACGAAUUUGACCCCGCCCCCCCAGUCCACCCGUCCAGGCCAAAGACGAGACGAACUCCCAUCAGUUUUGUAGCAGAUCAUCCCGGACUCGUCAUCUCGAUGGACCAAUCAUCUCGACCACGCCUGAGAGAUGGACCCGACUGUUCCUGUCUUUUGAGAUCUCUUCCAUCCAUUAGUACUGUCUGUCUUGGAUGCACGAGGAGGAGAACUGGAGAAGAUGAGCAGCAACACCAACCCAUGGAGAUGUCUCCUUCCAAGAAUCUGCCAGGUCAGAAAUGGAGCCUCGUCUUGAUGGAUGUCAGAGUUUCUUUCCAUGAAGACAGGAAGUGGUGCUGAUUUGAGACCAGCC